AUGGCACGAACCAAAACAACUUGUCCACCAUCUGAAGAUGAUUCAACACCCAUUGAUCAAUCUGAAUCAUCAUUCCAAACCGCUGUUGAUGAAUCAAACUCAUCCCCUCUGAACGAAACUCCUGUUCAUACCGUACUCCCUGAUGAAAUUAUCCCAAUCACCAAAACCACUAAACCAUCCAAUCCAAAGAAAGCUAUCAAACCUAAGGCAACAAGAAAAUCCUCAAGACUUAGGUCUGGAUCCUCAACUUCCAAAACCAAAACAAUUUCUCAUAUUGACCUCACAGACUCAUUAGAAAAAGAUGAUGGUGAUGAAACUCUCUCUGAGUUCAUAAAAACUUCAAAGGCUGAGUCUAAGAAGAAGAAAGGAAAGACUCAAGUGAUUGAAACCCCUCCUGCAUCUGAAACUUCUGAGAAGGACUCAUCAGAAGAGGAAGAAGAGAAAGAAACAACUCCACCCAAGAAGCAUGGCAAGGGAAAAGAUGUCAAACUUAUUGCAUCUUUAAGGAAAGCUGAGAAGGAAGCUAAACAAUCUCAGAGACCAGUGAGCAAAGCAAAAUACUUUGACUUUGCAGAUCUAAAGAAGAAAAACUGGAAUCUACGAGAAUACACUGAUUCUCAGGAUUGGUCUUGUUUUGUGUCACUUCAAGAUCUCACCUUUGAGAAUCUGGUGAGAGAGUUCUACAGCUCAAUGAAAAUCAAAGAAAAGAAGAAAGAAAAGAUCCUCAUCUCCACUGUCAAAGGCGUUGAAAUCAAAAUCACCAAGGAUUUUCUUUCAAAAGCUUUAAGAAUUCCAAAUGAAGGUAAUGAACUUUUCUUUCCUUCCUGGUUUCAUGAGAUGAAAGUCAGUCGUAACAAACUCAUAGUUGAGUACACCAAACCUGACCUCCCUUUCAAUUCCACAAAUCUGAAAGAUGUUCCUAAAAUCCUUCACAAUAUGAUUAGACACACUCUGCUUCCUAGAAGUGGCACUUUUGAAGUAGUCACUGAUACAGAUUUGUGUAUCAUGUAUCAUAUGAUCACAAAGAAAAGGUUGAACCUCUGUUACAUCAUUCUUCAACACAUGACUGAUUCAUGUUUGAACCCCAAACAAUCAAAUGCUGCCCUUGCUUAUGGUAUGCAUAUCACUUCCAUACUAAGAUCUGCUAAGGUUAAUCUUGAAGGAGAAGACGGUGAUUACUCCUUCAUGAGAUUCACAUCAAAAACUCUAGCUCAACUCCACAUAACCACCUCCAGCAUGCCUACUCCUGUGUCUUCUCAAACAACUAGCUCUGUCAAAAGACACUCAGUUCAGAAUGUUAAGAAGCCAAGUAAGAAGAGAAAGCUUGAAAAAGUCAGGAAUCUUUCAAGCAUUCAAAGACAAGAGGAAGAAAACUCUCCUGAAAAAGAAGAGUCUGAUGAUGAAAUGGCUGAUUCCCCACCAAAGGAUGGUGAACCCUCUGAUAUAAAUCUUUUCCAAGAUAUUGCUGAAAAUGCAAAGGAAAUCCUUCAGCAAAAUGCAGAAGAUCAGAAUGUUGAAGAGUCUGAGAAAGAAGAAGAUGUUGCUGGUCAAGACAAGAUGCAAGAAGAAGAAGAAGAUGUCUCUCAGGAAACAGAAGAAGAACCAACUCAAGAUGAACCCCAAGUUGCUGCAAUCUCUGAAGAGGAACUUCAGAAUGUUGACUCAACUGCUGCUGCUGAAGUUCAGAAUGUUGAUACUCCUCCUACUGAACAACUUCAGAAAGUUAAUGAAGUUGAAGAAAAUACUGAGCAAACUGCUCAAGAAGUUGCUUAUGCUGUGGAAGAAGGAUCUCAGGAAAAUGAUCAAGACAUGCAAGAUGUGGCUGAAAUUCUUGUCUCUCAAAGAAUGAGUGAUGGACAUGAUGAAAUGGAGCCUCAAGAGUUUGAGCAAGCUGAAAAUCAAACUGGCUUUGAUCUAAAUGUGGAAGAUCCAAGCUCAGAUGUGAAUGUGUACCAAGAUGCACAGCCUGAAAACAAUGAGGAAGUGCUUCAGGAAGCUCACGAAAUGAUUCAGGAACUUCAAGAAAAUCCUGCAAUCACAGUUCAGAAUGUUCAGACAAAUGCAUCUGCUGAACCUAGCUUGCCUCAAGAGAAUGAGAUGUCAGCUGAUCCUAUUCCUCAAGCAUCAGGAUCACUUCCCUCUGAUGAAGUUCACCUCAUGGCUCAACAAACCCCUCAAAAUCAAAAUCUGAAUUUCUCCACUUCUACCAUGGAAUCAGAAGUUGGAAAAUUCUUUGUUUCUCCUCUGCUCACUCCAAGUGUAUUGCCUUCUCCAAUCACAAACAAAACCACUAGCAAGCUGCCUAACAUUCCUGACCUUUUUGAAUCUCUGGAUACGUUUGUUACCAAAGAUGGUCCUUCUAAGGACAAGGUUGAAACAUCUGCUCCUGCUCCCUCCACCAAAAUAUCCAAAGCUGAGAAAAUGGCUGCCAGGGCACUUAGGGUCUCCACCAAAACUCAUAAGAUUGCCUGCGUGCUAGCUAAGUGGACCAUUGAUGUUCAUGCUCCUGGUCUGGCUCUUGACCCUCCUAUUUUUGAAGAUCCUAGUGUAUUUGACUCUGAGCCCUCCUCUGACUCUGGGGAUUCCACCCCUUAG